GUGACAUGACGUUCGGCCAUUGUGAUCCGGUAGGUGACAGAGUAAGCGCACGCGGGCGAUCAUUUUCCUGUUUUCCUCGCGUUUCUUCCCAUUUUUUUCUUUAAAGGCAACUCAGAACUAAACAAAAAUGUCCACUAAUACAGCCCCGGAUAAUUGGGAGUCCCAAGCCGAUAGUAAUUCAAGCAACAGCAGCCCCAGUCAUGGAACAGAUGUGACAGCGAAAUUUUCCACGUUGAACGUAAACGCAGUCGAAUUUGUGCCUUCAUUUAGUUUUGGAUCUCAACAAGCUUCCGAAGACGGCCCCAGCCCCAACGAGGCUGAGAGCAAAGAAGCCUCACCCAAGGAACAGCCUGUGGUCAACGGUACUCCAUCGUCAUCUUCAUCCGAACCGCCAGAAGUUGAGGAACCUCCGCCUGUUCCGCCUGCAGCCACUGACGAUAACAGCCCUACAGGAGCGGGCGGUACUUGGGAAGAUGUCGCUGACGACGAUAGUACAGCUUCUGGUGCCGCCCAAGCUUCAACGCCAGAAGAUGAUGAUGACGAAGAAGCUUCUAGUGAGGAAGCGCCGAAGCUCAAGAAAAAGAAAGCUGACAUGGCUGUAGAGGUGGAAGAUAAAAAGGAGCAUAUUAAUGUUGUCUUCAUUGGACAUGUCGAUGCAGGCAAGAGUACUAUUGGCGGCCAAAUCAUGGCUCUAACUGGAAUGGUUGAUAAGCGAACACUUGAAAAGUACCAAAGGGAGGCCUGUGAAAAAAGCAGGGAGAGUUGGUACCUUAGUUGGGCUCUAGAUACUAAUCAAGAAGAAAGAGAUAAAGGCAAAACGGUGGAAGUUGGUAGAGCAUUUUUUGAGACUGACAAAAAGCAUUUUACGAUUCUGGAUGCUCCAGGGCACAAGAGUUUUGUGCCUAAUAUGAUAGGAGGGGCUGCUCAAGCUGACUUAGCAGUAUUAGUGAUUUCAGCUAGAAAAGGAGAAUUUGAAACUGGUUUUGACAGAGGAGGGCAAACCAGAGAGCAUGCUAUGUUGGCAAAAACAGCAGGAGUAAAGUAUUUAGUCGUAUUAGUUAAUAAAAUGGAUGACCCGACAGUGAACUGGGAUGAAACUAGAUACAACGAAUGCAGAGACAAAAUCCUCCCCUACCUUAAAAAGCUUGGUUUCAUCUUCAAUAAAGACCUGUUCUUCCUGCCUUGCUCCGGACAAUUGGGCCAAAACCUCAAAGAUCCAGUUGAAAAGUCCAUUUGUUCGUGGUUUGAAGGCGGUGCCUUCAUUCCGUUUAUCGACAAUUUACCAACAUUAAAUAGAAAACAAGAUGGGCCGUUUAUGAUGCCCAUUGUAGACAAAUAUAAGGAUAUGGGUACGGUGGUAAUGGGCAAAGUGGAGUCAGGCGAGUGUCGAAAGGGGCAGAGUUUAGUUAUAAUGCCUAAUAGGACCCCAGUUACUGUAGACAUGCUGUUGAGCGACGAUGACGAAGUGUCCCGAGUUGUGUCUGGCGAAAAUGUGAAAAUCAAAGUGAAGGGAGUUGAAGAGGAAGAUGUUAGUCCAGGUUUUGUGCUAUGCGAUGCCCUGAACCCCGUGCAUACCUGCAAAGUUUUUGAUGCACAACUCGUUAUCAUUGAACACAAGUCGAUUAUUUGUGCUGGGUAUAGCGCGGUGAUGCAUAUUCACUGCGCCGCAGAGGAAAUCACCGUUAAGGCUUUAAUUUGUCUAAUCGAUAAGAAAACUGGAGAGAAAUCUAAGACUCGACCGAGAUUUGUGAAACAAGACCAAGUAGCUAUUAUGAGAAUAGAAUGUGCAGGUGUUAUCUGUUUAGAACCAUUCAAACAAUUCCCUCAAAUGGGUAGAUUCACAUUAAGAGACGAGAAUAGGACGAUUGCUAUUGGCAAGGUCCUAAAAUUGGUGGAAUAGACAGUGUUAGAGACUUAUAGGCAGAUGCUGAUAUUUACCGAAGUGACGAAAAAUAAUGAAGUUGUCAGCAAAUGUUUGCACCACACAAUGAUUAACUUUUGCAAAUAUGUGUAUAUAUAAUAUCGAUAAAGUAAUGUUUUUAUAAUGGUGCAACUAUCAUGGAAUAAUCGUCUUAAGCAAGCCAAUCUUGAAUCGACUGCUAUGAUGCAUAAAGGAAAUUUUUCCUUGGCAUUCAAAAAAUUUAAUAAUUUUCCCAGAAUGUUUUUUGGGAAAAUCCUAUGUUUUCUCAAUGGAGUGCAAAUAUGUGCAUAGUUGGAAAAUAUUAUGAAUGGUGGAUCAUCACGCUACUGAUAAAGAUUGGGUUGGCCUUCCUAAAUCCAAACGAGACGAUUUUUUUUUCAUUUUUAACUAACAAAGUUUUUUUUCUUUUUGGGUUGCUGUAUAUAUUUAUUUUAUUGGUUGUCAUUGUGUCCUGGUGUUGUGUCACAAUAUUGUAUCUGCUUUGUUUUGCGAUUCCUUUCUGAAAUAUUUAUUCAGGCUUGAAUCGUAAAGCAAAUUAAAGUUCAAUUUUGGUGUUAUUUAUUUUGACUACCUUUUAGAGCUGGGCUUUUUAAGUAUCAAUUGAAAAGCAGUUUGAUCAUUGAAUAUCAUGAUGAUAACAUGAUUUGUGAACACGGUAAGCUUCCAGCAUUGGGAUAGUCGGAAUCUCUUUCAUAGCCCCAGUCCCAGCAGUAUGGGCCAACAAUCGUUUGUUGGAGUUGGGAAGAUAAUUAUUUUAAUUUCUUAAUUAAGCUUUUAUAGAUAGAUAUAGAAAUCUGUCUCGAUCUAUCUGUAAUAAGAAGAUAAUUUUCAGUUUUAGUUUCUUCAAUAUUGUGUGGUGUCAAAAGAUAGCAAUGUAGCAUUAUGCAUUGUUCUGUAAAACAGCUAAAGUACUCAUUACAUAUGAAUAUUUUUGACAUUACGAGGUACUGCCAACACCGGUAAUCAAGAGUUGGAGGUAUUUUCAAUGAAUUUUGCAAUGAAUCCGGGGUUUUCAAUUCAAAAAUUAGUCAAUUUUACCGGAGUCCGAGGCAAAUCGUUCCUAGUGCAGUUAUGAAAAUUACAUAGUUAAAAUUUUAUUUUAGAAUACAAAUGUUAUUUGGAACAACAUUAAACCUUCUGCAAUUCUUCACAGGUAAAACGUAUUUUUUAUAUUCACUAAAAUUAAUUUCCCUUACUAGAUUUAGCCGCAUUGCUAACAGUAAUAUGGAAUUGUGACACGUAUUGGUGCUACUAUUGUGUGUGUCUCUCACAAAAUACCUUCAUCUUUUUAUUUUGAAAGACAGAAAAGAGGCCAAUUGUAAAUUUCCAUUUCAGCUUUUUAAACUGCAAACCCUAUUCAAACGAAACAUUGUGAUAUCAUCACUUACCUACCUCUAGUUUAGUCGGAAAUAUGAGUAUGUUUAUGGAAAAAUGCCUAAAUCGUUGCUCUGUAGUGUUUUUUCUCUACCAAAACGAAUCUAUCAUGAAAUGAAUUGGCCUUUUUGAAUGUCUUCGAACGGAAAAUCGCAUGAUGCCUUCAAGGGACAAAUUUUAAAUCUGAAUUAUUUGAAAGCGCAAGUCUAAGAAAACUCAAUAUAGCUUUUUGAAAAGUUCUUAAAAUUGUAAAUAAUAAAAGAGAUUUUAUAUUUCGUUACCAGUGUAACGGGAACUUAAAAUUAUAUUUAGCUUACAACCGUAAUGCAUCAUACAGAAUGUUUAUCCAAAUAUUACAGCUCUAAUAUUUGCAUAAAUAUUUCGUUAACUUAAGUUGGUUUUUUAGUCUUUUAUAAUUAUACAAUUAUUAAGUAAUCAACAAAUACUGUUGCUAUCAAUUUUAUAUAUCAAUAAAAUUUAAAAUUA